GAACGUGCGAGCGAGAAAGCGGAGGAGCGCAUUCUUUUCUCAUAUGCAUCCCGACGCAAGUCGGAACGUGCUACUCCUUGCCUCAUCCUCGCACCACAUUGCAUCGGCCUCUUUGGAUGAUAUCCGCGGACAGGCGCAAUUGCCGUUCCAGUGAAGCGGGGUCUUGCCUGGACAAAAAUGACACAGGCUUCCGGGUCAAGUGUCAGGAUUGGGACGCAUGAUGGUAUCGUUCAUUGCGAUGACGCUCUUGCUUGUUUCAUGCUCAAACUACUCCCAGAAUAUCAAGAUGCAACAAUUAUAAGAUCGAGAGAUGAAGACGUGCUUUCCGAAUGCAACGUUGUCGUGGACGUGGGUGGGGUAUACGACCCUGCCAAGCUGCGAUUCGAUCACCAUCAAAAUGACUUUGAAGAAAGCAUGAGUACCGUUCGGCCGGGAAAGAAGUGGAGGACAAAGCUGAGUAGCGCAGGGCUGGUUUUCAAUCACUUUGGGCAUCGAAUCAUCAGCCGUAUCUUGAAUUGGCCGAUCGAAGACUCNGACUUUGAAGAAAGCAUGAGUACCGUUCGGCCGGGAAAGAAGUGGAGGACAAAGCUGAGUAGCGCAGGGCUGGUUUUCAAUCACUUUGGGCAUCGAAUCAUCAGCCGUAUCUUGAAUUGGCCGAUCGAAGACUCCAGGGUGGAUGUCGUCUUUGACGUCGUCUAUGAAAACCUCUUCGAAGAGAUCGAUGCCAUUGACAAUGGCGUCGCGAUAUGUGACCAUCGCUAUCGCAAGUAUAAGAGCACCACGAACCUCCCUUGCCGAGUGAGCAAUCUCAGGCCGCCCUGGACAGACCGAGUCACUCGAAUGGACGUCGUCUUCCACAAGGCCAUGCAGAUGGCAGGAGAUGAAUUACUUGAUCGCAUCCGAUACUAUGGAGAUCCCUGGUGGCUUGCCAGAAGCUUGUUCAUCGAAGAUGCGAAGCGACGGUUCCAGGUGCACAAGAGCGGAAAGAUAUUGGAGCUAUCUGAGUCCUACCCAUGGAAGGAGCAUUUCUCUCACUCGGAAGAUGUAGGUAUUUUACCGAAAAGUGAAGUGGCCUUCAUCAUUUGUAAGGAGAACUCCGGCGACUGGAAUAUCCGACCGGUCCAAAGUUCAUCCGGUUUUAGGCACGUGCAGAUCAACACAUCCUUUUAG